GUCUUUGUCCUCCAUCUGUUGUUGAUUACUCUUUUCAAUUUUGUUGGGCACCGCACCGUAUAUGAGAUUGAAAUGAUGAUCCCAAUGAUUUACGAUCCUGUUGAAACAUGAUGCGAUAAAUCAAGCUUGCUGACUAUUUGACUUUGUCUGCUUUACCUUUUUUAACUUUAACACCAGAAAAUCAUGACACCUCGCUUUCUGUUUCAGGGUUACACUUUGCACAUUUUUUUCUUCAUCUGAAGAAACUUUUCAGUUACUGUCCCUCCAAUUCUUGAUCAAACUAUUGAAUUUACUUGUGGGGGUUGAGAUGAAGAGUGGGAUUGAUAGAAGCUUGGAUGUGGGAAAGAGAGUUGUACUUGUUGCUGUUAAAGCUUCGAGAGAUAUCUCAACAAGUGCCUUUAUCUGGGCACUAACUCAUGUGGUUCAACCUGGAGAUUAUGUUAAGCUGCUGGUCCUUAUUCCUGCUCAUAGUUCAAGUAAAAGGCUUUGGGGUUUUCCUAGAUUUAACAGUGAUUGCAGGAGUAGCAACUGGAGGUCACUGUCUGGAACGACUUUAGAUCAAAAGGAUUUCAUUUCAGAAUCGUGCACUCAAAUGUUGCUUCAACUUCAUGAUAUUUAUGAACCAAAUAAAAUGAAGGUGAAAGUCAAAGUCAUUUCUGGGUCACGAUCUGGAGUUGUGGCUGCUGAAGCCAGGAAAGUUCACACUCGAUGGGUGGUAUUGGAUAAGCGAAUGAAAAAAGAGGCCAGACUUUGUAUGGAACAACUGGAAUGCAAUGUUGUUCAGAUAAAAAGCUCUCAACCAAAAGUGCUUCGUUUGAAUUUCAUUGGAUCCCCCAUCACUGAAUCUGAAGUCUUCCGUACGUCACAAGCAUCUUCAAAACAUUUAGAUGAAAAGUCUGAUGAUCACUGGAAUGAGAUUCGGGUGCCCAACGUGACUCCAGCAAGUAGUCCAGAGCAUUCAUCAUUCACCGCAACUGACCCUGGGACAUCCUCAAUUUCCAGUCUUGACAUAGGGACCUCUCCACUAUUCUUCUCUGAGAUCAAUUGGGAUGUGAAGAAGACUUUUUCACAUAAAUGCAAUCAUUAUUCAGAUGAAUCUGAUUCCGAUACAGAUAGUGAGAAACUGAGUUCAUCUACAACAAGCAUAUGUUCCCAGCAAUGGAUGCAAGGCAUUCUCAUUGCAGCAAAGGAUUUCUCACAUUACUUAAAGAGAGACUCGCAGAGAUGCAAAGGCACAUUGCUAAAGUUAAAGCAUGAUGUUUUUCCAGAGAAAUCAUUUGGACUUGAUAGGGAACCUAAAGUUUGUCUAAAGAAAGAAAGACAUGAUGUGGAAAUAAACAGUAAUAUGAGAAAAAUGAUGUCAUUAACCAAAAAUUCUCUCGCUGAUCCUCCUCCACUUUGUUCAAUAUGUCAACACAAGGCACCUUUAUUCGGAAAACCACCUCGGUGGUUCACUUAUUCUGAGCUCGAACGUGCUACCGGUGGAUUUUCUCAAGCUAACUUUUUGGCUGAGGGUGGAUAUGGUUCUGUACAUCGUGGACACUUACCAGAUGGCCAAGUAAUAGCAGUCAAGCAACACAAAUCAGCUAGUUUGCAAGGCGACCUUGAAUUUUGCUCUGAAGUGGAGGUCCUGAGCUGUGCUCAACAUCGAAAUGUUGUGAUGCUGAUUGGCUUCUGUGUGGAAGAUGGAAGACGGUUGCUAGUUUAUGAAUAUAUCUGCAAUGGCUCUUUAGAUUCUCACCUUUAUGGACGUAAUGGACAUCCAUUAAAUUGGUCAGCACGUCAAAAGAUUGCGGUUGGAGCUGCUCGAGGACUUAGAUACCUGCACGAGGAGUGCAGAGUAGGUUGUAUUGUUCAUCGUGACAUGCGGCCAAAUAAUAUCCUCCUAACUCAUGAUUUUGAGCCAUUGGUUGGAGACUUUGGACUGGCAAGGUGGCAACCAGAAGGAGACUUAGGAGUUGAUACCAGAGUAAUUGGAACAUUUGGGUACUUGGCACCGGAAUAUGCUCAAAGUGGUCAAAUAACUGAAAAGGCGGAUGCUUACUCAUUUGGUGUAGUACUAUUGGAACUUGUCACUGGAAGAAAAGCGAUAGACAUUAACCGCCCAAAGGGCCAACAGUCCCUCAGUGAAUGGGCACGUCCUCUACUUCGAAAGAGUGCCAUCUCUGAACUCAUUGACCCGUGUCUAGCGAACUGCUACUUGGAGCAGGAGAUUCGUGGCAUGCUACGUUGUGCUUCAUUAUGUAUUCGACGGGACCCUAAUUCAAGGCCGAGGAUGUCUCAGGUAGUCCCCAUUGCUCGAUAGUGGCAGGAGGUUAAAGUUGGUCCUGGUUUGAUUCAUCUGACAGUCUUGUUUCUGGCCUGCUCUACAAGUAGGAAAGUAUUUCUUAUUUCACUUGAGAAUUUAGGAACUGGCAUAUAACUUGUGUCUUUUUUAACUGUUUAUUUUCAGUGAGAAAAGCUCUUGCUUCAAGGUUAAAUUAAUGACAUUAUGUCAGCAACACCCCAGAAUAGACUUUAGUACGAAGACUAUAAUAUGAUCCUUAUGUCUUGUUUUUCUCAUUGCAAUUGUAGGUACUUCGGAUGUUGGAAGGGGAUGUGUUAGUGAGCUAAGUUUGCAAUUAACACUGCUCUCUGGAGUUGAUCUUCGAAAGAAGUCGAGUUUGAAAAAAGACGAUCAAAGCCAAAGCUUGCAAGAGACGUUGCACAAUAAUGUUCCACCUUCUCUGGGCUCCAACAAGAUGUGCCACAGGCAGAAAACGCUCUCCUAUAUAUGAGGACAAGGGGCGUAUACAUGAUAGAAAAACAAGGAUGUCAUGGCCAUUUUUAGGAAUGUGUUAAUUUUUUUGAUUUCUUAUUCAUAGUAGAAUUAGGAGGAAAUGUUGGAUGUAGAAUGGCAGAGGAAGUGUAGCUUGUCUUCAAUUUUGAUUUAAUUUCAUAAUAAUUUUAAGAAAAAACACAUAGGAGGAGUAAAAGUGGUAGAGAAAAAUUAUAUAUGUGAAUCAUUAACUAUUUGAAAAGAGGAAUCAGCUCUUAUUUUUUUG